UGCGUAUUGCGCAUGCGCCACGUCGCCGUGUCGGCGGUAUCGUAAAGACGUCAAAGUUGCGCGGCGCGUCGCAGUACAAGUUCGGUCUUCGUCGCGUGCACGUCGCCAGUGCUUCAUCCUAAUUAGACGAUUCUGUAUACAACUAGAGGAGCAACAUGGCAGUCUCGCUUACCACUCAGGACAAAUUGGAGUACAACUUCUACCCGGUGACGGCCGGGCAGAUCCAGUUCCGGGUAAAAGCGGCCAACGAUGCUCACGUCGCUCUCACGACCGGUCCUCAGGAAGGAGAACCGAUGUACGAGGUCUUCAUCGGAGGUUGGAGCAACAGCAAGUCGGUUAUACGGAAGAACAGGGUCAAGCCGGAUGUGGCAGAAAUGGAAACACCUGGAAUCCUCAACGGAGAUGACUAUCGUGGCUUUUGGAUCAGGUGGGACGACGGCAAUCUCACGGUGGGCAAGGAGGGCGAGUCGGCUCCGUUCAUGUCCUACGCCGAUCCGGAACCGUUCGGAAUUAGUCACUUCGGCGUCUGCACCGGCUGGGGUGCCACCGGUGAUUGGUUGAUCGAAGGUCACCGCAACUCCUUGAACACCCCUAACAAUCUACAGUACCAGUUCCAUGCCGUGCCAGGCGGCUCAGUGCUGAUCGACGUGAAAGCUAAGAGCAACGGGCACAUCGCGCUGACCGGCCGGAAGGGCGAGUCGAGUCCCAUGUACGAAAUCAUGCUCGGAGGGUGGGAUAACAUGGCGUCCGUUAUUAGAUAUGAUCGCAAACAGCCCGACAAGGUACGCGUGGACACGCCGAAUCUGCUCAGCGAGCACGAGCACAAGAGGUUCUCGAUCACGUGGUUCGAGGGCCUCAUCACGGUGAGAACGGGCGGUCAGAACGGUGCUGUCCUCAUGAAAUGGCAUGAUCCAAAUCCCAUCGGCGUGAGCUACGUGGGGGUGCGCACCGGUUGGGGUGCGACCGGGAACUGGAAACUCCGUUUCGAACAUUACCCCGCAGUCGCUACUACCGUCGCUAGCGGUCGAAAACAUCCCGAUGCGACACCAUCCGCGCCGAUGGAAGUCCGCGGAGUCGACGCGGGAAGCGAGUGCUGGUGCGACGCGUCCGGUGGAAUGGUGCCACCAGGCGCGGUCGAGGGUGGAAACGACGGUGAGACCUUGUUCGUCGGCAGGGCUCGUCACGAGGGCGCUCUCAUUCCCGGCAAAGUGAAGCCCGGCCAUUGCGUCUGCUACGUUGCCUGGGGCGGCGCCGAACAUGGAAAGACUGAUUAUCAGGUUCUUUGCGGGUGCAAUCCCGUAUGGGUGGCAUCGAGCGGCGGCGACAUUCCGCAGAACGCAAUUCCGGGAGGCGAGACCGAAGACGGCGAGCCGCUCUUCAUCGGUCGCGUACACCACGAGGGUACGUUGACGAUCGGCAAGGUGCAGCCAUCUCACAACGUGUGUUACAUACCUUUCGCCGGUUCCGAGGUCGCCUUCCCAGAAUACGAAAUCUUGGUGUCGCAGUAAAUGUCGUCGAGAAACCGUCCGGCUGUGGGGAGAAAAUCGAUGGAAGCCGCCGGCUUUAUCGGCAGUUCUGCGGAAAAGCAUGAAAACAAUAUCAGUCUCGCGACAAUAUCGUGUAGCUCUGUCAUAACGCGACGAAACAAAUCCGGACAGAGUAUCCGAACUUUCGAAAAAAAAUUUGGAAACAGAAGCGAACGAUCGAACAAUGUGACGUCGACGUUGAACUUGUCAAAUUUUCGGUACGUGUCCAUUUAUUAAUUUUAUUCGAGCGAAUAUUGUAUCGCGCUCGUAAAAUAUACGGAAAGAGAGAAGGAGGGAGAGAGGAUGAAUCUCGAGUGUGCAAACUAGUCUAGUGUACAUCGUAAGUCGCGGCUGAUGCUGCAGAACUGGCCGAUAAGUCGGCGACGCGCUGUUCUGUCGUCGUCUACGCAAGCGUCUGCUUAUUCGCACAGAGUAUAAAUCGCAGUCACGCUAUAGGAAGAGAAAAUCAAACAGCAAAUAUAUGUAGCUAUGCUAUGUAUGCUAUAUACAUAUACAUAUUCUUAAUUGGUAAACGCCGGAAAAUGUUACGUUUAUCGUCUCUGCCGAGACGAUACAUCAUAUAUAUAAUGAUGAUGAUAGCUACAGAGUUUUUCUAACGCACAAUACUACAUGCUUUGUCAAGAAGUAUAUUUUCGGAUUCUGUAUUGUUACAAUAUAGAAGAACAUACAAACAAUAGAAAAUCUUCCUUAUUCUUUGUGGUAA